UUUUUUAUUAACCAAAAAUAGACAUUAAUAAAUUAAUGGUGAUAAGUUUUAAGUACAUUUAUAUACUCUUUGGUGUUAAGUAAAUAAGUGGGUUAUCGCUAUCAGUUUUCGCUAUCAAUUUUUCUGUGGUGGAACACAAAACACACGUUCUUGAAAUAACUUAUACGAAUAUUUAAUUAAUGUCACAGUGGUGUUUUCGAUAUAUAAAAUUUUUACAAUUUAUUUCUAAGUUUAUCUUUUUUAGCCUUUAAUUAUGUCAGAUACAGUAGAAAUGGAAAGCUUUGAUAGUUUGGUUAAUCUUUCUUUAAAUGGAUCUAAAUUGGAUGAAUUUAACAGAAUUUACUAUGGAAGAAAAGAACACAAAUAUCUCAAAAUUAAAGAAACAAACAUUAACUUUGCUAAGAAAUCUAAUUUUGAAAUUGCAGCUUACGAUUUUCCCGCUCCUAAAGAAGAAAUUAGAAGUCCCCGCAUUGUAAAAAUCGGUAUAAUACAACAUUCAAUUGCUGUUCCAACAGAUAGACCAAUCACAGAACAAAGACAGGGUAUAUUUGACAAAAUACGAAACAUAAUUGCCACCGCUGCUGAUGAAGGCGUUAAUAUAAUAUGUUUACAAGAAGCUUGGAGUAUGCCAUUUGCUUUUUGCACUAGAGAAAAACAGCCGUGGUGUGAAUUUGCUGAAUCUGCAACAGAGGGCCCAAGUAAUGUAUUUCUUAAAGAACUUGCUGCAAAUUACAAUAUGGUUAUAGUCUCGCCUAUUUUAGAAAGAGAUGAAUCUCAUGGAGAUACAAUAUGGAAUACAGCUGUUGUCAUUGAUGAAUUUGGCAAAAUCAUAGGUAAACAUAGGAAAAAUCACAUUCCACGAGUAGGUGAUUUUAAUGAAUCCACUUAUUACAUUGAGGGUAACACAGGUCAUCCAGUAUUUGAAACCAAAUUUGGCAAAAUUGCUAUAAAUAUUUGCUAUGGAAGACACCAUCCAUUAAAUUGGUUAAUGUUUGGUAUUAAUGGAGCUGAAAUAGUAUUUAAUCCGUCGGCUACUGUUUCCGGAUUAAGUGAACACUUAUGGGCCGUGGAAGCUCGUAAUGCUGCAAUUUCAAAUAGCUAUUUCACAUGUGCAAUUAAUCGAGUAGGAACAGAAACAUUCACAAAUGAAUUCACUUCAGGAGAUGGAAAGCAUGCUCAUAAAGAUUUUGGUCACUUUUAUGGGUCCAGUUAUGUCACUGCUCCUGAUGGUUGCAGAACUCCAGGAUUAUCAAGAAUCAAUGAUGGUUUAAUGAUAACACAAAUUGAUUUGAACCAGUGUCGCCAAAUUAAAGAUAAAUGGGGCUUUACAAUGACACAGAGGUUGGAUUUAUAUGCAGAAAGUCUUACAAAAGCUGUCCAGCCAGAUUUUGAACGUCAAAUAAUCAAAAAGAAUUAAAUUCAUUUAAAAAUUGCACACAAAUUUAAAUCUACAUAAAUUUUUUAUUAUUUACUAAAUGCAUAAACAUUACUUUGUUAAUAAGUUUAUUGUUUGUUAAAGUUUAUUCUAUAUUACUUUUUUUUCAGAAUAUAUAUUUUUUACAAUGUUUUCAA